UACAAAUAUGUACAAUGUGGCUGAGAUGAGUUCUUCUAAAUGGCUGCUAAUCCUAUUUUCUAUCAUCAGUCUGCUUCUAGUUUUUGCUUAUGAAAAACGUACUGCCUGUCACUUAUAUGAUUAUAAUUCAAAAGGUUGCGAAUCGUUUCUUAAACUAAUUUUACCAGUUGAUGAAUCUGUGAGGGAUUAUAAAGAUGAAGUGUUUGCUUCUCGUGUUGUGACUACCAACAUUUUGAAUGGCCCUCUUGUUCCAUCUAACAGCCCCAAAAUUGCAUUCUUGUUCUUGACUCCUGGUCCAUUGCCUCUGCAACUGCUUUGGGAUAAGUUUUUCCAAGGCCACGAUGGAAAAUUCUCUGUUUAUGUCCACGCAUCAGAUAAAAGGCUGGUUCCAGUGAGUCGUCGCUUUAUCAAUGCGGAAAUAAGGAGCGCCAAGGUUGUUUGGGGAGGCAUUUCAAUGGUUGAUGCAGAGAGACGAUUACUGGCAAAUGCAUUGCAAGACCCUGAAAACCAACACUUUGUACUGCUUUCGGAUAGCUGCAUACCUUUGCAUAGCUUUGAAUAUAUUUACAACUACUUGAUUUAUGCAAACACUAGCUUCGUCGAAAGCUUUCAGGAACCUGGUAAACUUGGAAAUGGGAGGUAUUCACCGCGACUGCUACCUGAAAUUCAAAAGAAAUAUUUUAGAAAGGGAUCACAGUGGUUCUCAAUGAAAAGGCACGAUGCACUGAUAACUGUGGCAGACAACCUUUACUACUCAAAAUUCAGAGACCAUUGCAAGCUAACUUCGGAGGGGAAAUAUUGCGUCUCUGAUGAACAUUACUUGCCAACUUUUCUCCAUAUUGUUGAUCCCGCUGGAAUUGCAAAUCGUUCGGUUACAUACGUGGAUUGGUCUGAGCACACAAUGCAUCCCAGAACAUACAAGCCCCAGGAUGUUACUUCUGAGCUUAUUAACAAUACUACGUCAAUUACUGAAAUUGAGCACUUUAACAGUGAUAAUCAGGAAGUGGAAAUUCAGCCUUGCCUGUGGAAUGGAAAGAGACGAGGAUGUUACUUAUUUUCAAGGAAGUUCGAGGCUAAAACUCUUGAUAAGUUGUUAAAUGUAUUUAAGGGACGUUUACAAAAGGAAAAUUAAUAACUUCAUAAGUUUUAUUUAUAAAUUCCUCAUUCAUACUCAAGCUGUGGCAGUUAGAUUCUUCAGUUGUAUGUAAGUUGAACAAUAGAAGCAAAUUUUUAUUGUUUGAACUUCAUACUCAGAAAAUCAAAUAAUUUAAAGCAACAAAAAUGUAGAGGUGCAACCAAGCAUUUAUUUGGUGUGAGUUAAUUUUUUUUUUUAAAUAAUAUU